GAGAGGGACGCGCUGCUGGCGUUCAAGGAAGGCAUCGUCGGAGACCCUGCAGGCCUCCUCCGCUCAUGGCGACGGCAGCUGCAGGACUGCUGCCGAUGGAGAGGCGUCCGGUGCGACAGCCGGACCGGCCAUGUCGUCAAGCUUCACCUGCGCAACGAUCAUGGCGACACCGAAACGGCUCUAGUCGGGGAGAUAGGCCGUUCUCUGAUCUCACUGGAGCAUCUGAGGUAUCUUGAUCUCAGCAUGAACAACUUGGCAGGUCCAACCGGACGUCUCCCGGAGUUCUUGGGCUCCAUGAAGAGCUUGAGAUGUUUGAACCUCUCCGGCACAAUGUUCUCCGGCGUGGUGCCACCUCAGCUCGGUAAUCUUUCGAACCUGAAAUAUCUUGAUCUCUCCGGCAUGAGCUUGUCCAGCGCUAGCAUGGCGCCAUCUCUGUACUCCAGGGAUGUUUCAUGGCUAGCACAGUUAUCCAGGUUGCAAUAUCUGAACCUUGAUGGGGUAAACCUUAGCACAGUACUUGAUUGGCCUCAUGUUCUGAACAUGAUUCCUUCACUGAAGGUUGUUAGUCUUUCUUCUUGCUCACUUCAAACUGCAGACCAGUCUCUCCCACAGUUUAAUUUCAGACAACUACAGAUGCUUGAUCUUUCUUACAAUUACUUUAUCCACACAGCUGAAUCUAGUUGGAUUUGGAACUUAACAUCUCUCAAGUAUCUGAAUCUCAGUUCGACUAGUUUGUACGGUGAUAUACCGGAUAAGCUAGGAAACAUGAUGUCCCUCCAAGUUCUUGAUUUCUCAUACAAUGAUGUUCAUGAGGAUAGCAUGGGCAUGAGUGUCUCAAGGAAAGGCAACAUGUGCAGCAUGAAAGCAAACUUGAAAAAGCUAUGCAAUUUGGAGUUUCUAGACCUUGAUUACAGACUAGCAUAUGGGGAUAUUACAGAGAUAUUUGAGAGUUUACCACAGUGUAUUCCCAGCAAACUGAAGGAGAUUCAUUUAGCUGGCAACAAUAUAACAGGGAUGCUGCCAAACUGGAUAUGGAGGCUAACAAGCUUAGUCACUCUUGACCUGUACAAAAACAAAAUCACUGGAGAGGUCCCUCCUGAGGUAGGUAUGCUCAAAAAUCUAUCCAAUCUGUACCUGCAUUUCAAUCACAUGACAGGUGCUAUCACAGAGAAGCAUUUUGAGCAUCUAAUGAGCUUGAAGUCAUUAUAUUUGUGUUACAAUGACUUGAAGAUCAUGAUAGAUCCUGAAUGGUUACCUCCCUUCAAACUAGAGAAGGCCUACUUUGCAUCUGUUUGGAUGGGUCCCUCAUUUCCUAGAUGGCUUCAGUCACAGGUGGAUAUUGUUGCACUUGCUAUGAAUGAUGCUGGAAUAAAUGACACAUUUCCAGAGUGGUUCUCCACAACAUUUUCAAAGGCCAAGUUGCUGGAAUUCCCAGGCAAUCAAAUUACGGGUGCAUUGCCAACAAAUAUGGAAAACAUGUCAUUGGAGAAAUUUUAUCUGAAUUCGAACCAAAUAGCAGGCCAAAUUCCUCUCAUGCCAACAAACCUCACUGUACUAGAUAUAUCAAACAACUCUUUGUCAGGACUUCUUCCACCAAAUAUUGGAUCUCCAAAAUUAUCUGAGUUGAACCUGUUAUCCAACCAUAUCACUGGUCCUGUUCCACAAUCCAUUUGUGAAUUAAAGAAUUUAAAAGGGCUGGACUUAUCCAACAAUCUACUUGAUGGUGAAUUUCCUCAAUGUUCUGGGAUGAGCACGAUGUCAUUUUUACGUCUGAGUAACAAUAGCUUAUCCGGAGGCUUCCCAUCAUUUCUUCAGGGUUGGACAGAAUUAAACUUCCUGGAUCUAUCAUCCAAUAAAUUCUCAGCAUCACCAAACUUGGAAAUCUCUCUCACUUGGAUCUUUCCAGCAAUAGUUUAUCAGGUCCACUGCCUCAGCAUUUGGCAAAUUUGA